AUGCGUCUGAUCGGAUUCUUGUCACUCGGAGAUUUUUUGCUGGCUAUCGGAGAGCUCCCUUAUGUCAUUUAUUUGACUGUAAAUUGGCAUCCACAUUUAAUGGAUUAUGAUCCAUUAUUUAUUAUGAUUAGUGCACAACCGUUGCCUUUACAGCUGAAAAUUUCAGCAAUAACUACAGUAGGAAUAGCAUUGGGAAGAAAUAUUGCUCUGUUUGUCCCUUCACUUUACCGAAGCAUGGAUCAAGGAGAUUUCUCCAACGCUGUCAUUUUGACAGCUCUAGUUUUUGCUGCAUUCGAUGACUUCUUGUACUGGUACACAACGAAACUUGAGCAUCAUCACAAUUGUGGAACUAUUGGAUGUUUUGUGAGCGACCAGUUCCGCUAUUAUUGGGGAAUUUCAAACAUGGUUCUCGGUUUCAUUGCUGUCAUGUUAUCAAUUACCAUAUUUUACAAAUUACGGAUUGUCUCCAAACAAAAAGGACCCGAGCAUGCCCAGCAGGGUCCAAAUAAAUACGCAGCAGCUAACAGAACAUCCACUGGAGUUCUGAUCUCUUCUUUACUGUUUUUGACAAUUCCUAGUGUCUGUGUUGGAAUAGUAGAGUUGACUGGCUUCUCGAUAUUCAAAUUGGUCGGACCCUUCUAUUCGGCAUGCUUAAUUCUUUCCCACUCACCGCUACAAAUGUUUAUUAUAAAAACUGAACGAGUCGAAAUAAAACCAUACAUCAAUAUAAUGUCGCAACCAGGGAACUUUCUCAUUUGGAUCGACAUUGCUCAUGCGGUUCCGCAAGUUGGCUUUUUUGCAUCAAUGGGACUUGGAGCGAUUUUACUCUUUUUGAAUUUUGCUGGAGCUCAAAAAAUGUUCGGCUCGUAUAAGUAUAUCAUUAGCACUUUCACGUUAUUGGGGAUGAUGUUUGCGACAAUGGAGAUCAUCAUAUAUCCGAAUGUCCAUAAUUUCAAAGCCGGAUUCAUCUUCUUCACAUUUGCCGAGCCCUUAGGAGUAAAAGAUCUCGCAUAUAGGAAAGUGUUCCUUGCGAGCUACACAUUCUUUUAUUCGGCAACGGUGGCUUUGUUAUCUGUUCAGUUUAUUUAUCGAUAUUGGGCCGUUUUUAAUGUUGACAAACUUCGAUACUUUUCCGGAUUUUACUGGGUUAUUUGGAUUGUGUACUGCACGAUUUUCGGACUACAAUAUGCUCUUGGAGCUUGUCUAUUUUUGGAACUAGAUCCAGUGUCCACAGAAUAUUUUCGCGAAGAAAUGAUGAAGAGAUACGAGACCAAUAUCUCAACGCUGCCAGCUAUGUCCCUAGUUGCUUAUAAUCCGACAGAUGGUUCAACUCGUUGGUGGAAUCUAGGAGGAAUCGCUAAUAUUUGCUACAUUGUGAAUGUUCAGUAUGGUAUUAUGAUCUACUGUGGAUGGUCGAUGCACACGAGAAUGGAGGAAAAGAUUAGGAAUUUUUCAGAGAUUUUGAAAAAACACCAUAAGCAGUUUUUCAAGACUUUGGUGCUUCAGAUCACAGCUCCGACUCUGAUCCUGUUCAUCCCAAUAUCCUUCAUUAAUUUUGUUCCUGUAUUCAAUUUGAACAUCAGUCUACCAUCCGGCGCCCUUUUAUGCUGUUUUACAUUGUAUCCAGCUAUGGAUUCAUUAAUUGUGAUGAGCGUUGUAUCCGAAUACCGGAAGACAGCCGAAAAAGUUUAUUUGGCUUUUAGAAAUUUUGCUAACGAAAUCAGUGGACUCAAAAGAACGUCUUCCGUUGGUGCAACUAGUACAAGUCGCCCAAUAACAGCGUCUAGACCUGACCAAACGGCAAAUAUUUAA